UAUAAAUACCACUUAUUUCGCUCCAACCUAUGCACUUUGGAGCAGCUCGACGAUAUAAUUAAAUUAUGGAGUGGAGGAAGGGCUAUCUCGAUCUCGUGCUGGUGCCUUUAGGCCUCCUCUUUCACAUAUCCUACAACCUCUGGCUCAUCCACAAAGUCCGUUCCCAGCCACUGCACACAAUUAUCGGCAUCAACUCCGCCGGCCGCCGUCUCUGGGUGCAAGCCAUCAUAAAGGACAAUGAGAAGAAGAACAUAUUGGCGGUGCAAACGAUCCGGAACACGAUCAUGGGAUCGACUUUAAUGGCGACGACCUCGAUCGUGCUAUGCUCCGGCCUGGCCGCCGUCCUCAGCAGCACCUACUCCGUGAAGCGUCCGCUGUAUGACUCCGUGUUCGGCGCCCACGGCGACUUCAUGGUGGCGCUCAAGUACGUCGUCCUCCUCCUCGUGUUCCUCUUCGCCUUCCUCUGCCACUCCCUCUCCAUCCGCUUUGUCAACCAGGCCAACUUCCUCAUCAACGUGCCCCCCGCAGCGGCUGCGGCCAGCGGCGCGGCCUCAAUCAUGACCGCCGACUACGUCGCCGACCUCCUCGAGAAGGGGUUCGCGCUCAACACCGUGGGCAACCGCCUCUUCUACGCGGCGCUGCCGCUGCUGCUCUGGAUUUUCGGGCCGGUGCUCGUGGUGUUCUCGUCGCUCACCAUGGUGCUGAUUUUGUACAACCUCGACGUGGUGUGCGAGGAAGGGAAAGUCAAUAGUUGCGAGAAGAAGAGGAAUAACAAUGAGAAUGAAAUGGAGUGCGGCGUGUAGAGCAAUAAAGACGCACAGACGAAUACGAUUUAUCGAUGUUGUGCGGAGUCGUUAGUUCGUUAUCGAACUGUGACGGUGCCACGCGGACAAACUGUAUUUGCAAUCGAUGCAUGCAUGCCAGCUGCUGAAACUUAAUUUUUAUAGUGGGGGUAAUGGGAUCGAUUUAAUUUUUUCCAUGUGAUCUAUAACUUGUUGGGCAUGAAA